CCGCAAUCCCAGAGGCUAAGUACAAGUCCUGCACCAGAUAUGGCAGGAUUCCAGCGACAAGCCUCAUCACAAGGAUUUUGUGUACUCCUUAUUGUCUAGUAUUUAUUUAUUUUUGCUAGACUUGUGCAUCCGUAAACAAGUAUUCCUACCAAUCUAAAGAUAUGUUCUUUUGUGAUUGGGAAUUUCAGUCUGAGUACUCCUGGUAAUGAAGAUUUGUGUACUCCUGGUAGAUUUGCAACGAUUUUAAUCCGGUCGGCUAUCCUCAGAUCUCAAUCUGUUUUCUUCUGAUAAAAAUCGAAGACAAAUGCUAAGGUCAAUGAAAUUGGAACUAAAUUAAAAAGAAUAAAGCAACAAGGGGGAGUUUAUUGAGGAUCGCUAUGGAACCACUCCUAAUUCACAAGUUCCUAAACUUGAUUAUUCCUCCUAUCGUUUUCAUCAUUCUCUGUAUCAUCACACCUCCUUAUCACCUCUUCAAGCUUCUCAACUCCAUCCUAAUCAAACCUCUUUUCUUCGUCGAAAACAUGGCCGGGAAAGUUGUUUUAGUUACUGGGGCUUCAUCCGGCAUUGGAGAGCAACUUGUGUAUGAAUAUGCAAGACGAAAAGCUCGCCUAGUCAUUGUUGCAAGAAGAAAUAAUCUUCUUGAAGAAGUUGCAAAUAAGGCCCGUCAGUUCGGCUCCCCUGAUGUUUUAGUUGUAUGCGCAGAUGUUACUAAAGUCGAUGAUUGUGAACGGUUUAUCGAAGAAACUAUAAACUACUUUGGACGUUUGGAUCAUUUGGUGAAUAAUGCGGGAAUCAUUAGUUUAUGCCCAUUUAAGGAAGCCAAGAACAUACUCAAUUUUACGCCUAUAAUGGAUGUUAACUUUUGGGGAUCAGUUUAUCCUACUCAUUUUGCAAUUCCGCACCUUCAAAAGAGCAAAGGUCGAAUUGUUGCGAUUGCUUCAGUCGGCGGAUGGUUGCCUACAUCAAGACUUUGCUUCUAUGAUGCUAGUAAAGCUGCAUUAAUAAACUUCUACGAUACACUCAGAGUUGAGCUACAACCUGAUGGAGUCAAAAUAACGAUAGCGUCUCCAGGUGUAAAGGAUUCAGAGAUGACCCAAGGCAAGAUCUUAAGCAAGGAAGGUGUAAUGCAAGUUGACAAAGAGAGCAUGGAUGACAUGAUUGAAACGUUCUUGUUAGGCACGAUGCCGGUUAUUAGUUCAGAGUUAUGUGCAAAGACGAUUGUCAAUGGAGCAUGCAGAGGAGAUGGAUCGAUAACCGAACCUGCGUAUUUUGGAGCAUUUUAUCUAGUGAAAGUGUUUUGCCCAGAGAUGUACUAUUGGAUUUUCAGUUGGAUCGACUCUCGCAAACCUGUUAUUAAGAACCAUUCUAAUAAUAUUACUAGUACAGCUGUUAUCGAGCAGAGCUAAAGGCGCAAAAGACUGAUGUACCAUGUAAAUAGUUCAGUUCAAAUCCUACUGCCGUGACUCUCAAUUCUGCGAGAUGCUGGAACGUAAUACUGUAACCUUUAUCAUUCUUGGUGAAAACAAGUAGAAAAUCAUGCAUAUGGUUGGUGUCUUUGUAGGUGAUAUGUAAUCAAGCCUCUUAUACAGUUAAUAAUGCAACUCUCGUUUAUCUACCAGAGGUUUUACUA